UACCUUCGCUUUAUUUUUUCGGUUUGUGUUUUUUGGUUGGUAUAUUUUUCGCCUUUAGAAUGUAUGCAUAGAAAUGCUGAAUAAUUGGGAUUCCGUAUUUCUCGAGGCGUCGACUGCAAUAAUAAGGAGGGAUCGCGAUAAGUCUGUCGAUCGGUCGCCGAUUGAGUUAGGGAUUGACGAGCGCUUUGCAGUGAGACUAAAUUUGUCUGAUUUGGCUGAAAAUUUUGUUAAAUUUGAGCCGAAGACCUACUAUUUUUGGUUCAUUCAUUGCCCUGAUUAUCGGCUCCAGGGAACCUUUUUGUUUAUUGCAAAUUUGUCCGAUUUGGCGGUUAAUUGUGCGAAAUUUAAUCCAAAAACGUGAUAUUUACCCGAGGUUUGAAUUUGGGGUUUGAUGGGAAGAAAUUCGGCGCGUUUCAACGGUUUGAACUCUAUGUGUUUGGAUUUUUACGGAUAUCGGACAGGUUUUGAUUCUGUUGCGGUGGUUUUCGAGGUCAUGGAAGAAUUGAAAAGUGCUGCCAGGGUUUGUGACGUGAAUUUUAGGGUUUAGUUGGAAGUGAAGUGAAGCGGAGCGUGAAGUUUGAAGGAAAUAUGGGGAAUAAAUUUACUCGGCGUAGACAUGUCGUGGACGAGCGGUUUACGAGGCCGCAGGGUUUGUAUCAACACAGGGAUGUUGAUCAGAAGAAGUUGAGAAAGCUUAUUCUUGAUGGUAAGUUGGCUCCCUGUUAUCCUGGAGGUGAAGAGCACAUCGGUGAUCUUGAUGAGUGUCCAAUUUGUUUCCUGUACUAUCCAAGCCUUAACAGAUCAAGAUGCUGUAUGAAAGGAAUUUGUACAGAAUGUUUCUUGCAGAUGAAAUCUCCCCAUUCUGCUCGCCCUACGCAAUGUCCCUUUUGCAAAACUUCAAACUAUGCUGUGGAGUAUCGAGGUUGUAAAACACAGGAAGAAAAAGGCAUUGAACAAGCUGAAGAGCAGAAGGUGAUUGAGGCAAAAAUAAGGAUGCAGCAAGAAGAACUUCAAGCUGAGAAAGAGAGAGUUCAGAGAAGACAAGAGCCUAUACAUGGUGAGCAGAUGAUGUCACCUGAAGAAAUAGAGCGACUAGACCUUACUAAUCCAAAUGCAAUGUCAGAUGAAGAUGUAAAUAGUGUCUGUGGUACUCAUGGUUCCUCAUCAGAGCCAAAUGAGGUUCAUGCUACUCAAAGUUCAUCUGGUGUUGCUGUUGCAAGGCCACAAGACUUACAACCCUUGCAGGGCAGACAAAACAGGGGAGAGGAUGGUUUUGACCUGGACCUAGAGGACAUAAUGAUUAUGGAAGCAAUAUGGCUCUCUCUCCAGGAGCAUGGUUCCCACAGAAUCCCUGGACCUUGUAUAUCUGGGUUUGAAAGCACUAUUCCUAGAAGACUUAGUGAAGCCCCUGGACUGGUAGAGAGUCGUGGCUCUACCAUUUCAAACACUGUAUUGGGCGAUUCAAGAGAGGCGACUCCAAACAGCUCUGUAACAGGGGGACUUGCUUGUGCAAUUGCUGCACUUGCUGAAAGACAAAUAUUAAAUGUCGACUCAAUGGCUGUAAGGCAAAGAUCAGAAAGUCAACGAAUUGAUGGAGACGUCACUGAAAGUGGCAUGAUAGAGAGUCAGGAUGUUUCACAAGACAGUACAUCUGGUCAACAAGAUUUAUCACCAUCCAAUAUUUGUGAACAAGCAUGUGACCACCUAGAAACAGAUGAGCAUGAACAGCAGGCAUUCCCUGAAGAACCUGUCAAUAAUAGUGAACUAGAGGAUGAGAGAGAACCAGAGGCUCAUGCUUCAGAGAAUUGGAUAGAAGUUUCCCCAGAAAGUGGACGUGCACUUUCACAAUGUUUAAGGGAAGGAAGCCGAAGCUCAGUGUCAGACUGGAUGUUUGAUCACAGCUCUGAAGUUGUUGAAGUUGGGACUAGUUUUUCUAGUAGUAUUCCAUCUGCUUCAGAUUUACCUUGGGAAGCCCCUGAUGUUCCUCAAAAUGCUGAUGUUUCUGCUGAUCCACCUUCCCUCAGUGCACAGCCUUAUGUGGUCCCAGAAAGUUACGAGGAACAGAUGAUGCUAGCGUUGGCUAUUUCGCUUGCUGAGGCUCAAGCACGGUCAUAAAUUUGUAGAAGCUUCUAUUAUGACCACCUGCAUGCAUGUAGGAGUGUGAGAUGCCAACAAUGUCUUUCAAUCACAUCUAUCAGUUCCAGUUUGCUAGCAUUUUCUACGUCCUGUGGCAGCCACUGACUUGUCACUGACAGGACAGUUGCAUUAGACUGCCUUGUCAAUGACAAGCCAGUGUGGAAUUGUUUUGCGAGAAUGGUUUUGUCCAUGCGUUCUGAAGUUUUCAUAAAAGCUGCGCUUCUGGGAUCAACGAAUCAGGAACAAAAUUGUAAAGUAAGGCUGUAUGUAAAAGAUCUACAAGACAGACUAUAACUGGCUGGAGCAUGUGUUGUAGAUACUUGUGGUAAUCCUUGCAUGAAUAUGUCUUGUACCUUGACUGUUGUGUUGUCUACAACAACUGCAUGGAGAAUUUGAUAAAUUUCCUUUGCAGAUUCUUGUGGUUAAAAUAGUGUAAAUGGAGUCUUUGGCCUCUUAAGUUUUUUGAUUUGCAUGAAUUAUGAGUGGUCCCUGUUCAGAAUUUAGAAGCUUGCAUAAUGGAGCAAGUAUUUUGUAAAGAUUUUUUUUCUGGCUGAGUUGCAUCCACCAGUGUGGAUGGUGUUACCUAUUUUUCAAGGCCAUGUAAUUGAUCUUGAUAAUUGGCAAGGUUCAUGCAAAUAUUUAUUGCAGCA